AUGGGCUUGGAGACUGGGGUCGGGUCUGGAUUUGGGACCCGGGGGGUCAGGUCUGGAUCUGGGCUCUUCCUUGGGAUCCAGGUGGAAGAUUAUCCUCUAUUUGGCGUAUUUUUUACGUGGAAGAUGCAUGGAUGUUGUCUCUCCCUGUGCUAUCCCCAUUUCCCAUUAGAAACGCCACCUAUUUUUAGGAAUCAGUCCCUUUCUGGCAGGCCUUCCUCUCAUUGUGAUUUCCUAUUUUCAGACACUAUAUUUGUCCGGGUUUAUGAAGCAAGAAUGGAACUUCUACGGGCAGUGAUUAUAGGACCUCCAGGCACUCCGUACCAUGAUGGUCUUUUUGUCUUUGAUUGUCUCUUCCCCACUGACUAUCCUAAUUCACCACCGAUGGUUUUCUACUAUUCAGGUGGUCUUCGGCUAAAUCCAAAUUUGUAUGAUUGUGGGAAAGUUUGUCUCAGUCUUUUAGGCACGUGGAGCGGUAGACAGAGAGAAAACUGGAUACCUGGGGAAUCAACAAUGCUACUGUUUGAACCCAAAAUAACAUUUUUUCCCGAUAAGGGGGACUCGAAGAAAACUGGGCCAAUAUCGCUACGAGUUUUGGUCUCUAUACAAGCUCUUAUACUGAAUGCAGACCCUUUUUUCAAUGAGCCUGGGUAUGAGACAAGGUAUACUGGAGUAGAAGGGCAAAAAAAAUCCAGGAAGUACAGUGAAGAGGUCUUUAUUAUGUCUCUGAAGACGAUGAUGUAUACACUAAGGAAGCCACCUAAGUAUUUUGAGGACUUUGUCUUGGGUCAUUUUCGCAAUCGUGCACAUAAUAUUCUGGCAGCAUGUAAGGCAUAUUCUGAGGGUACAUUGGUUGGGUCUUCUAUUGGAGAUGCAGUGCAGAAUGGAGUUGAAAGUGGCUCAAGUGAAUUUAAGUCAUCUGUUGCUAGGAUGAUGAAUAUGCUUGUUACAUAUUUCACCAGAAAUGGAUCAACAGACUGUGAGCAGUUUCGAGGUGCAGCCUAAAACACACAUCUGACUAGCUGACUUGAUGGGAUUGUUAAGGUAAAUAAGAGAAUUAAAGAUGCAUUAGCAUAUGCUGGAAUCGAUUUGAAUUUCUAGGACCUGACCUCAUGGUUUUCUCGGUGUUCUGCUGUAAACUGCUAUUAUGGAAUUGGGUAGCUGGAUUUCUUUCAUUUCUUCUUGGGAUUCCAUGUCAAUGUAAUAUAGUAGGAUGACGUGGAUAAAUGAUUUUCAGCUAAACUUGGCUGAUUGCUGCAUUGCUCUAUCAAUUUUUAUGUGGCUACAUUUCAGCUUGGUACU